AUGGCAGUCGAGUGGGAAGGACUAGAUGUGAAUCCCAUCUUGGAUCUUGCUCAGAAUGUGUUUUCAGCAACGCUGGAUGCCAUCCCUGAAGCCAAGACGCUCCUCAUUGACCCCACAUUGGCUGGCCCGUUGGGCUUAAUGACAGAUCUGGCAGCGCUGCGACAACGUGGUGUAGAAAAGAUGUUUUGGAUGGAGAAAGUGGAUAAUACCAGCCGUGUAGCACGUCUGCAAGCUCCUACGAAGCACGUUUUGUACUUAUGUCGACCGGAAAUCAGUUGGAUGAAGACGCUCGCUGCGCACUAUGCAGCAGAUACAGCAACACAAGCGAACGGAAUACCACACUACACCUAUACAGUGGCUUUUCUUCCUCAUCGAACAGAGACGUGUUUGCACUUUCUCCAAGAGAAAAAGCUCCUGCAGCACAUUCGUGUCCUAGAUAUGGGUCUGGAGUUUACGGUGUUGCAUCACGACCUACUCAGCUUGGAAGACCCUUAUGCAUGGCCUCGCCUGUUCUUGCACGGUGAUCAUACCCCUCUAUUCCAUGCAGCACAAGCGCUUAUGACUAUGCAGCGCACGUAUGGUUUGUUCCCUCGGAUUGUAGGCAAAGGCGACUUGGCCAAUCGUCUCUGCGAUCUGCUCGUGCGACAACGCCGAGAACAUUUGACGUCCGAUGGCCAAGAACAGCUUUCGCUGCGUACAGCAGCCCCAGCUAUCGAUGCACUGAUUGUAUUGGACAGGACCGUGGAUCUAGCGACCCCAUUAUCGACGCAGCUUACUUAUGAAGGUCUUGUCGACGAAGUCAUUGGCAUUACCAAUGGGUUCAUCGAUGUCGACGCGGCGUGGGUAGGUGGCGCGCAGUCGACUGGGACAGGAGCCAGAAAAAAAGUACAGAUGGAUGGCGCGGAGGAUGCUUUGCUCGCUUCGAUUCGUGAUGACAACUUUGCGAUUGUAGGUGAGAAAUUGCAUCGUACAGCCAAGCGGCUCAGCAAAGAUUAUGAAGGCCGUCAUCAGGCCAAUACCGUGCGGGAACUACAUGCAUUUGUUACCAAACUAGGCUCACUUCAAAGUGAACAUGCAAGUUUGCGUCUGCAUACGUGCAUCACUGAAUAUCUGUUAGCCACAAGCAAUUCGGAACGGUUUCAUCAUGUGUUGGAAGUGCAACAGAAUCUGGUGGCAGGCGUCCACUUAGCGCAGCAACUACAGGCUAUUGAGGAACUUGUGGAUGUAGGUACACCGGUGCUGACAGUGCUUCGAUUGGCGUGCCUCGCCUCGUAUAUUAACCAAGGUCUUAAGCCUGCAUGGUUAGAAACAUUCCGAACAACCGUCAUCCAUGCCUACGGAUUUGCCUAUAUGCCUGUCUUGAUGGCCCUAGAAAAGAUGAAAAUACUCUAUGCCACACCUACACCGACCCCCAAAGCCCCGAGAGUGUCCAAGUUUGGCACGGUACUCAAGCCAUUAUGUCUGGUGGAUGAUGAUGUGGAUGAACGUACGCCGGAUGAUAUUAGCUACGUGUUCAGUGGGUAUGCACCAUUGUCCAUUCGCCUCAUUCAAACGAUCUGCCAGCACGAUGCCCAUCUACACAAAAUACCUGUAUCUAAUUUAGAAACACUUCCUAACGCAGCACGCAUUGCUGGAUGGCACGGUGUCGAGGAGAGUGUAUUGCAACUCCCUGGGGCGACGUUUGACUUCAUGCAAGUGGAGGACGAGGCGCCGAUGCCAGACGACAUGGUCCGCACCACAGUGGUGUUCUUUGUCGGUGGUGUCACGUACGCGGAGAUGGCAGCAUUACGCCUCAUGAGUCAGCAGCAACGUACGCGGAGAUUCGUGGUGGCAACGACAUCUAUGAUCAAUGGGAAUACCCUAUUGCAAAGCUUGCAGCAGGAGCCGUGA